AUGACCACCCUCAACCUCGGCGGCAACUACAUCCGCGCCGAGGGCGCCGCCGCAAUCUCCGAGGCGCUGCGCGGCAACGGGGUGCUGAAAGAGCUCAACCUCUGCGCCAACAGCAUCGGCCCCACCGGCGCCACCGCCCUCGCCGACGCCCUGAAAGUCAACGGGGUGCUGACCAAAAUCGUGCUCUGGGGCAAUAACUUGGGCGACGAGGGGAAGGGAGUUAUUCGGGAUGCGGAAGCCGCCACCGACGAGCGCGUUGGACUUUCGUAUUCACUCCGGACAAAAAACGCGGCGCAGCGGACGGUGCGGGGCGUGCAGCCGUCUUAG